CUCUAAAUAACUGUUCAAUGAUGGAUUAUAUACAGAUAUUAAAUAUAGGAAAUGGUAUCGAUAAAUGAGCGAAAGUUAAUAAAUAAAUUAACGGAUAUCAAGACGUUAAAUCAAUAUGGGUUAUGAAUUGUUCGUUUUCUUCAUAUCAGCAGCUACUACAGUAAGUACUGUGCCCUGGGGUUAUGGAAGAGAAGUGCCAAUUCCUGCUGGAACCAGAGCAAAUUAUUAUAUUCGCGAUUAUGAUGGUCCAGGAACAUAUAAGUUUGGUUACGACACUGGUUCGGGACCAAACCAAUCAUUUAGAAGAGAAGAGAGAACUUCGGACGGUAUCAUCAGGGGGCGUUAUGGCCAUGUAGAUCUUUCGGGUGUUUUACAUGUUGUUGAAUAUAAAGCAGAUAAAACUGGAUAUCAUGUCAUAAGAAAUAGAGUAAUGGUUCCCGAGAGCAAGCCAAAACCAGCUAUAAGACUAAGGACACGUUUUGUAGGACCUUUACCACCAUUUAUAUUGGGAUAAUCUUCGAGAAACAGCGAUGUCUGGCGAGAGGCUUGUAGAAAAUGUGCUGUAGAUUAUGGUAUUAAUAUUUAUAAUGACGAAAGACUUGUAAAUAAUAGGCUAUUUGCGAAGACAACUUGAAGAAAUAGUUUACCGAUGGGUAGACUGUCUAGGAAUAGAUUUUCUGUUAAUUAUUUUUUAAAAAAUCGAUAAAUAAAUUAAU